AUGGCCAAACGUGAGAAGCAACCUACCUGUGUGCAGGUUGAAGGAAACUCUGGCUUCGGCGAGGUAAGGGGUAUCGCUCUUGGACCGGACUCUCCUGAUCGGCCGGCGGUCUACAUGAUCCUCCGGAGAAGCCGCCAUCAAUUUGAGCAGCGUCCAGUGACGACUGGCGUGUUGGGACAGACACAGAGCCACGGCCGCUCACGAGGAGGUACUGAUGGGGAGGGGAAAAAUGGAAUGGGGAGAGACCGGAGAGGGAGAUGUGACUUUUGAAGCGAGGUGGAGCCGCUACUACAAAGCUCCUUAACCCAACAGCAGACAGAUGGGAAUGAGAAUGGAAUAGAGGCAAAAAAUAAUUAAUAAUCAAGUAAAUGGCCUACAUUUUCAAAAUAGCCUAUCCAAUGCCGACUUGUGGAGUUAAAUUAUAAAUAUAGGCUCCUGUAUGGAUGUAUCAGCAAGUGGAUAGAAAGAAAGAAAGAAAGAAAGAAAGAAAGAAAGAAAGAAAGAAAGAAAGAAAGAAAGAAAGAAAGAAAGAAAGAAAGAAAGAAAGAAAGAAAGAAAGAAAGAAAGAAAGAAAGAAAGAAAGAAAGAACACAAAUCUUGUCUGAGGUCGGGAGAGAUAAAAUUCAAUUUUUUUACACCACCAGAUGGCACUAUAAACUAAAGUAGCCUACAACUUUCCCCUCAGUAGUGGAUUUUGGAGCGGAAUCUUCAAUGCUUUGCGACAGCAAGGGAGUCUUUACGGGUUUUCAAAUUAAAUACAGUAAGAAAAGUAAACAAACUUUGCCUCGGCAUCUGGUAACUGCUGGGUAUGUAUGAACUCGAGUUAUUCUGAACAAGGCAAUUCAAUGUAGUGAUCGUUGUACAACUUAUUUGCCUGCAUGUAACAUUUUUAUCCUGACAUUUGGAAUUUAGCUACUUUUAGAAUUCAAGAUGGCUCUUCUUUAUGUCCCUGUUUUCAACGUUUUAGAAAUGUCGGCUGUCGUUGAGGAAAUUAUAUAUUUAUUUCUUCAAUACUCCGUUCAACAUUUUUAUAGAAAUAUUUGAUUUACGAGCCACAGCUGAUUUGAAUGAGUUUGCUCAAUGACAAUCAACUUGUAAAACUUAUUGUGUAGACUGUGCUGGUUGGGACACGUUGUAGCCUAAACACCAUUCAGAAUGCAUAAGCCUAUGCCCACGCAAAACUUGUUGUUCAAAUGCAAGCCUGUCAUGCACAACGCGAUGUAAAAUGUAACAAGUAAAUAUUUAUAUAGCAGCCAGUUGACAUUGAUCAGGCACUGGUGACAAUUCUCAUUCCCACAUUCAAACAACUAAAUGACAGGAUGAGGGUACAUGUAUAAAUGACCGUGGCCUUAAGAGUUUAUGAAUGCAAAUGUGUAAUUAUAUAGUUUGUCCAUCUGACUUCCUAAGAAGUCAGAAAAUAAUUAUCCUAACUUUCUGUCUUCUCGUACAGAGCUGUAGUGACAAUGAUUCUUCGACAUCUAGUUUCAAUUGGACUUGGUCCUCGCGUGACUUCUCCAGUGACACGUGGGCCUUUGGUAGAGAUGACCAGGUCUGCCAGUUCAGGUAAGGUCCUACCACAUGCAUGAUCUGAAUUCAGAAGUUCCUCCUUUCCUACUGGCAUGUAGUGCUCUCCAUACAUUGGCUUGACAUUCUAGUGUUAAAUAGUAGGCCUAGGCUGCUGCUGCUGAGUGAACAGUCUUAAGCCCGUGGAUAAUUGCCCCCCCAAACAAAAAAAACAAACAAAAAAAUACAUUUGGUUGGGCAUCAGCAGUUUUUCUAUUGUUAUGUCAGUCACUGACAGUCACUCAAUUAGCCCAUGUCAGCUAAACAUUUUUAGAUUGCUAAUUUAGUCUAGCCAGCUGUCUAAACUUGUAGUAAUCAUGGUCGAAUUACCAACCAGGGGGCCCCAAUUGAUUUUGUUAGUCACUCUCACUCAGCUAUCAUAUUCAAAACUGCAAACAUUUCUCUCUGCCCCAUGGCAAAAUGAGUAAAAUUGCAUGAAAUGUGUUAUAAAAUUGCUAAAUCUUCUCUCCGCCCCAUGGCGAAAUGUAUAGAAUUGCUGGAAAUUAACUCUAAAACAUUUUUUAUUUAUUUCCGCUGUCAAGAGUGGGGCCGAGAAAAUGUUUUGUUCCCAAGGUGGGCGGGGCGGGCCCCCCCAACAACAUUUUACUUGGGGCCCCCAAAAGGCUAGGGCUGGCUCUGACUGCAUGUGUGGGUUUGCAGACCAGCGAGCCACUGCGGCCCCUCAUGAUGAUUUCAGGUUUUUGUGGCACCCCACCCCGUCAAUGUUUCCCAUCCCUGCUCUAAUGGCUCUUGUUAAUGUAUUAAUUUUUCUCUUCUGUAGAUAUGUCAGAAUUCCGAAAUAUCUUCUCUAAAGCCAGGCACAUAGCCAUCAUUACUGGGGCAGGUGUGAGUGCAGAGAGUGGGGUGCCUACCUUUAGGGGUGCUGCGGGCUACUGGAGGAAAUGGCAGUCUCAGGUAAUGUAAAACAGACAUAUAUAGACCUACAGGCUUUAAUUUCACAAUCUUGUCAUGCUCAUGUACACACAUACAUUUACAUAAUUGUUGACUUCGGCGAUGUCAUUUACAAAUUAGCCUCCAACACUCUACUCAGCAAAUUGGAUGUAGUCUAUCACAGUGCCAUCCGUUUUGUCACCAAAGCCUCAUAUACUACCCACCAUUGUGACCUGUAUGCUCUUGUUGGCUGGCCCUCACUACAUAUUCAUCGCCAAACCCACUGGCUCCAGGUCAUCUAUAAAUCAUUGCUAGGCAAAUCCCCGUCUUACCUUAGCUCACUGGUCACCAUAGCAACACCCACCCAUAGUCUGCGCUCCAGCAGGUAUAUCUCACUGGUCAUCCCCAAAGCCAACACCUCCUUUGGCCGCCAUUCCUUCCAGUUCUCUGCUGCCAAUGACUGGAACGAACUGCAAAAAUCUCUGAAGCUAGAGACUCUUAUAUCCCUCACUAACUUUAAACGUCAGUUGUCAGAGCAGCUUACCGAUCACUGCACCUGUACACAGCCAUUCUGAAAUUAUCCCACCCAACUACCUCAUCCCCAUAUUGUUAUUUAUUUUUGCUAAUUUGCACCCCAGUAUCUCUAUUUGCACAUCAUCUUUUGCACAUCUAUCAUUCCAGUGUUAAUACGAAAUUGUAACUAUUUUGCACUAUGGCCUAUUUAUUUCCUUACCUCCAUAACUUACUACAUUCGCACACACUGUAUAUAUAUUUUCUGUUGUAUUUUUGACUUUAAGUUUUGUUUACCCCAUAUGUAACUCUGUGUUGUUGUUUUUAUCGCACUGCUUUGCUUUAUCUUGGCCAGGUCGCAGUUGUAAAUGAGAACUUGUUCUCAACUGGCUUACCUGGUUAAAUAAAGGUGAAAUAAAAAAAUUAAAAUUAAAUAAUGCUAUAAACACUCCCCUCCAUAUGUAUUUGGACAGUGAAGCUACAAUUUUACAUUUGACUCUAUACUCCAGCAUUUUGGAUAUGACAUCAAAUAUUUCAUAUGAGCCGUCAGUACAGAAUGUUACCUUUUAUUCUGUUUUACCGUUUAGAAAUGAAAGCACUUUAUAUAUGUAGUCCCCCCAUUUGAAGAAGUCAUAAGUAAUUGGACAAAUUCACUUAUAGGGUAUUAAAGUAGUCAAACAUUUUGUGUUUGGUCCCAUAUUCCUAGCAUUCAAUGACUACAUCAAGUUUGUGACUACAAACUCGUUGGAUGCAUUUGCAGUUUGUUUGGUUGUGUUUUUGAUUAUGUUUUGCCCAAUUGGAACUGAAUGGGAAAUGAUGACUAGAGUCAUUUUCUUUCUAAGUGAAUAAAUAAGAUGUUUCUGAACAAUUAAGAAAAAUCAUGAAUGAAUAAUGAUACAAGAAAGUUACAAAGGCUACAACAAAACAUGCUUACCUCUCACGAUGACCAAUAGCAGAGUAAUUUAGCUUUUUAUGGGAGGUAUGAUAUUUGUCCGUCUCACUCAUCAUCAUUCACAAUUCAUUUAAUUCAUGACCGUGACCACACUCUUCGAGGGUGUCUCAGGGGGAGUUGGGAUAUGCAAAAAACACAUUUCCAAUUCACACAUGCAUGUAACAUUUUUACCAUAACACAUGGGCUUGAGUGUAUUAUUGCUUUUAUGCAAUGGGUUACCAGCAUUAAAAAGCAAGAUUAUUUCCCGAACCGUACAUUUUUCCACAAAACGUGGUGUUACAUUCACUAACACUGGUUGUCAAUUGCAAUUUUAGGUGUUCUCUGAUCGUUAGUUCUAUUCGUAUUGACUGCCAUGUAAAGCAAAACUACCCAAGUGUUGGUUUAUAGUUCUAGAACUUUGUAGGUUGCUAUGGCAAAAAAAAAGCUGCAUUUCAUUUCAUUUGACCUGUUUUCUAUUGACAUUUCUUUGUAUAUAUCCAUAAAAAUUAUGCCAGCUGAUUCAUGAUUUCGAGUGGCUGAGAAAAGCUAUCUGUCUUGUCUCGACUCCCGACACAUUCAUUACUAUGGGACAGCUAGAGAUCGAAUUUCAAUAUUGAAACAAUGUUGCAAAUGUCGAAGAGAAAGAUGGCAAGGUUUAUACAAAUCUCCGCUGUUUAAAAUCAAAUGCUAGUCUAAAAUAAAUGGGAGAUAAUGUCUCGACGCUUUUAAUAAUGAAGCUCAAGAUUAUAAAUUGCCUGGCUGGGCUGAUGAGACAGUGAAUUGCGCAGUGAGAUGGAACAGAGUAAAUUGGCAUUUCAACGUCAUAGUUUUAACCGGUGGUAACUUCUGGAAUAGACACCGGCUGUAAUGCGGUUUUAACCAAUCAGCAUCCAGGAUUAGACCCACCCGUUGUAUAAUGUCUAGUAUAUCAUGGGCAGGAUAGACUCUAUGGGAAUUCCAAACUACCCGUUGUAUAAACACUUGUACAUGUGUGAAAUAGGACAAAUAUAAGCGCCCACCAAAUUAUUAUUAUUGUCACUUACAAUAAAAGUGACUCCAAAAUUACACAAUGCAUUAUUCACCAUUGACUUUCUAAUGGACAAAACAUAAUCCCAAACAGAACCAAAGCUGUAAAUGCAUCCAACAAGUUUGUAGUCACAAGCUUUAUGUUGUCAUUGUGACAUUCUGUACUGUCGCCUUAUAUGAAACAUUUGAUCUCAAAUCCAAAAUGCUGGAGUAUAGAGCCACAUUUAAAAUGUUAGCUUCACUGUCCAAGUACAUACGGAGGGGAGUGUCCUCCCGUAUCAAUGGAUUUGUCAUGACAACAACAAUGAGGAGGGGGGAGGGUUACUUGUGUAACCACGGUUACUGUGUGCGGUUCCCAGGGAGAGCUAAGGAGCUGCAGCCAGUAUCAGUUAAUCUAAGUAGGACAGUCUCAUUAGAGAUUCACUUUGAGAGAGAGAGAAUCAAAACAAACCUUCAAGUUGUGUUUGUUCCAUCCUGUGCCCCCAAGUGUUUAUUUAUGGGAGCUUGUUCACACUGUUAAAUAUGUGAAAAUGUCAUGUUUAUUUUGUUCCUUUUUUCCCUGAGAUCUCUAAAUCUACAACUCAACGUGCCUUGCUGUUCUCUGCUCUAACUUUGACCCAGUCCUCCCACCUGCUCUUUACCUAGUCACAUAUUCUCAUCCAGCCUGCCCCUAACACUGUAGACUUAUCCCAUCCAUCUCCACCCUGACCCCUUAGACUCUACCUCCUUGCCCUGUGAACUUUGACCCCUAACCCUCCCCACCCAUGUCCUUGUCCAUCUCUGUCCACAGGACAUAGCCACCCCUGAGGCCUUCUUUCGGAACCCUUCCCUGGUGUGGGAGUUCUACCACUACCGACGUGAAGUGAUGCUGAGUAAGGGGCCCAAUGCAGCCCACCUGGCCAUUGCAGAGUGUGAGGCCCGGCUGAGGAAGCAGGGCCGCUCUGUCGUAGUCAUCACCCAGGUCAUAGACGAUCUGCACCGCCAGGCCGGAUCCAGACAUGUCCUCAAGAUCCACGGUGAGAGGGCUGGGGCUGGGGCUGGGAGAGGGCUAGGUGGGCCUUUGAGAGGGCUGGAAAGGGCUGGGCAGCAGGGAUUGGUUCAGACAAGGCCACAGGCAAAAAUGUUUUAGAAAGAAGGCACUGUUUCAAGAGAGGCUCCAUUGUUAAUAAGUAAGCUCAGAAGAUGUACUCAAAUAAUUAGCCCUUGCUCUAGUGGUGGUUGCCAAAGCUAGUUGUCAAAAGUUGAACAUAAGAUAACUUGGACAAAUGUUGUCAUUAUCAGCAUGUUUUUGAGAGACUUCUCCAAAGUGUCUGGAUGGUGCUCAGUUCUGUUUUCCUCCCCUAUGAAUCAUCAGGAAGUCUGUUUGAGACGCGCUGUGUGAGCUGUGGACAUGUGGCUGUGAACCAGAGCAGUCCAAUAUGUGCUGCCCUAGAGGGGAAAGGGUAAGCAGCACUACAGCCCCUCAGUAAAGGACAAUCACCUGCUCAGGCGAAUGUUCUACAUUGAAUGUAUAACUUGACUUUUAGAACAAUUGUUGUAUUCAUUUGUUCCACAGUUCUCCUGACCCAGAUACCAGUGAUGCCAAGAUUCCCCCAGAGGAGCUACCAAGGUAGGUGGGGAUUAGUUUGGUUCUGUCUAUCUUUUGACAUCUUUUUUGUACAAAGAUCAACCACAGAAAAUCCAAGCCACAGUGAUAAAAUAUUUUCCACAUGGUGGCAGUAGAGUAUUAUUUGCUUUUAACUUCACCUCUUCUCAAUCCUAAGUAACCAUACACCUGUUAUGUGUGAUGUUUGCCUGCAUGUGACUGAUGAUGUCAUCCCUUGGUGGUUUUAUGUGCAGGUGUGAGAAGAGUGACUGCCAUGGUCUGCUCAGGCCCAAUGUGACCUGGUUCGGGGAAACUCUAGACUCACACGUCUUGACCAAGGUGGAGACGGUGCUGGACACCUGUGAUCUGUGUCUGGUGGUGAGUUGGCCUCAUAGUUGCUGGAGAUCUUGUUGUUGCUAUGUAUCGUAAUCUUUAGAAAAUGUCUUCUUUAUAUACACACUUUAGUAUGUAAUGAGAUUUUGUAAUACACUGUAGAGACAGAGCCUGAUAUAAAUCACCACACACCUGAAACUGAUGUUCAGACCAAUGUAUAGUAUACAUAUAUUUCUCCUAAAUGGCUUUGCUGGUGCCUAUGCCCUCUAUCUGCCCCCAGGUUGGCACCUCCUCCAUAGUGUACCCGGCAGCCAUGUUUGCCCCCCAGGUGGCGUCCAGGGGCGUGCCAGUAGCAGAGUUCAACAUUGACACCACCUCUGAGACCACACGCUUCACGUAAGUCACAUCCUACCACUAUUAGAAAAUUACAUGUUUUUGUUGUAAUAAGUUUAUUUUGGGAUUUUCAAUUACUUUUUUUGAUGUAAAAAACACAAAUACAAAUCAAUUUUGUGAAGUCAAAUAGUCAUUUUUUAAAAAGUCAAAUGGGAUAUGUUUAAUCAAAUAAGGAUUCUUCAUCUAAACAGAGCCUGAUAAAAUGUGUUUUAUUCAUGAUUCUACUGCAUCACACAGUUUGUAAGGUUUGAAAUCAGUCAGCGUUAUUAGCUCUUUGGUCUUAGAUCUGAUAUGAUCAGAUGUGUGUCAGUUAUUUGCACAACAGGGAAAUUAAGAACCAAACAUCUUGAAGUCCUUUGUAACACUUCCUUAGGGAGACACUGGUGAGCAUUUCUCAGAUUUCUCCUUUUAUCCUUGCUUUGUCGGGUAUUUGGUGUGUGUGUGUGUGUGUGUGUGUGUGGUGCUGCUGUACAGGUACCAUUUCAAGGGCCCGUGUGGGGCCACGCUACCCCUGGCGUUGGCGCGUCACGAGUCUGAAGACAUCUGAGGGUCAAGGGGCGAGGUCUGAUGGGGUACGACCUCUGGGGCUCCUCCCAUAUCCACUCCGGGCUGUUCGAUUCCACAUUGAUUAUUCCCUUAUCCAAAAACCGUGCCUUAAGACACUUUCAAACAGGAAUUCUUGGUGGAGGGAGUUCUGCUGUCUGCAACAGAAGACUGAAUAGUAGAGAGGGGUAGUCUUACUGGAUACUUGAUACUUGUUAGGUUAACUAAACUGGAACUGAGAUGUUAUGUGUUAUUGUCUCUUCUUGAAAGGCAGAAAAUUGCAUAUUCAGCUGAAAUAAGGAGAGGUAUUCUGAAGUAUUUCUUGAUAUAGAAUGGGCAAAUGUUUUUUCUUCUCCACAGAGUUUUGAGGGUAUCAUUUCUUUAUAUAUCAUAAUAGAAUAAUAAUACAUGCCAUUUAGCAGACGCGUUUAUCCAAAGCGACUUACAGUC